AUGAAUAUUUUGGAUGAUGAAGAUGACCAAAGCUUUCACGCUACGCGUGACGGCUACUCCCAUUUGAGCAAUGUCGAAUGGGAUGCGGUUGAACGGAUGGGUUCAACCAUGGGCAUCCAUGCUGUUAGCGUCAUGCUAGAGGCUCUCAAUAGAGACGCCCAACAUGCUACUAUCGCCAAGUUCAUUCAAAAUGAACUUGACGCUGAACGCGAGAAAGUAGCCUUGCUUGACCAACAAGGAUCUCAACAAUCAGAGUUGUUGAGAGAACAGGGUGCUCAACAGUUUGAACUGUUGAGACAGCAGCAGGCUGCUGCUGGUGGUUCGAUGCACUCGCGUCGACCCGAGACCUUGAAGAUUGACAUCUCCAAGUAUAGGGGAGUCGAAGAGGACUCCCUCUUGAGAUGGUUUGUCGAAUUAGACGACGCCAUAAGGGCGCGUCGCAUCGACGAUGGGGAAAUGCAAGUUGCAUUUGCCCAGUCCAAUCUGGCAGGACGUGCCAAGACUUGGGCACUGGGGCUCAAGUUGCACGACCCAUAUGCGUUUGGGUCGUUAGAAGUCUUCAAGUCGCGGCUCAGACAAACGUUUGAACCGCCUAGAGCUGAGUUCAGAGCUCAAACUGAACUCUUGAAGCUCAAGCAAGGUAAGCGUGAUGUGCACGCUUACGCACAACAUAUACGACACCUCACGAGUUGUAUAAGUUCCAACCCGGUUGAUGAACACACGUUGGUUUCGGUGUUCAUGCAGGGUCUUGCGGAUGGUCCCGUCAAGACUCACCUGUUCCGGCUUGAACUAGAUUCACUAGAACAAGCCAUUUCCAUUGCGGAACAGGAAGACUUCAGUCUGAGACAGGCUCGCGCCAGCUCGACAUCAUAUCGUCAACCGAGACGAUAUGACAACGGAGGUCCAGAGCCGAUGGAACUCUGUUAUGUAGAGAGCGAGAAGGCUCGCUCUACUAGACUACAAGAAGUUGCAGAAAUGCAACAGAUGUCAGAAGACAGGACACUACGCUUAUGA